AUGUUGUGGAAGGGUUUUUGGGGUACCAUGGACGUACCAAAUCAUGCAAGGCGGCCGAAACAGCGAUCCCGGGGACCUACGUUAGACGUCCUCCUCCCUAGUCUCAAACCAGGCGCUUAUGGCCAUUUUGAAAAGAUCAGAGACACCACCGAACUCUUGCGCCUCUUCCACCGCCAACACAUGCGAGGCUUCCGCGACCUGGAAAGAGACGAAACCGCCCUGAACAGACAAACCGAGAAGAUAAUCCGAGACAAGAAAUGCAAAGAACAACGGACGUUCGCGGCGAAAGUCAAAGACCGCUUCCACGAGAAGAUGCAAGCGUACGAGGAUGCCGUCGAGAGGCGGCGUGAGAAGCUACGACAGCUGCUGUGCUCGGAGGAACGACAACACGUCCGAGAAACCAUCAGCGGAUCUCAACACGCGGCGCAGUCCAAAACUGAAGAAAAGUUAGAGGCGGGGCGACAACACCGGCUCCAACGGGAAGCGCAGCUGCUGGAAGAGGCAAGGAAAAAGAAAAUGCAGCACUGGAUAUAAGUGAAUUGUAGCCACGGCACCGUUGUGAAUCGUCUUGUUUAGAAACAACGACGACGAUGUGAGGAAUUUGCUGAUGAAGAAACACGCAAUGGAGGUGCAGAAGGUGCAGCUGGAGUAGAUGAAGCAAAAUGAGCUGCGGAAAGAGACGGAGCGGGAGACGGACAAGUUUUACGGCACAGUGACGAUGAAGAACCUAGAGGCUCAAGUAAGUGUGAUUUACGUGAUAAUUGUAACUUGU